AAAAGUUAAUACUGCCCUUCUUGAAGCAAUGCGUGGAAAUUUCAAAGCCUAUCUGUCUCUUGUCCUGUUGAGUGUUAUUUCCGUCUUAUUGUACAAUUCUCAGUCUAUCAUUUACACUACCAAACCACUCUUCUCCGCUCCAGACACCAUGAGUGGCGGUGACGUCGACGGCUAUAAGGCCGUGGCAUAUUUUGUCAACUGGGCCAUUUACGGCCGUAACCACCAUGUUCAAGACCUCCCUGGCCAAAACCUCACCCACAUCCUCUACGCCUUCGCCAACGUCCGCCCCGACACCGGCGAAGUCCACCUCACCGACUCCUGGUCCGACGUCGAAAAGCACUACCCCACCGACUCCUGGAACGACACCGGCCGCAACCUCUACGGCUCCCUCAAGCAGCUCUACCUCCUCAAGAAAGCCCAUCCCCAUCUCAAGCUCCUCCUCUCUAUCGGCGGCUGGACCUACUCCUCCAACUUCCCCGCUCCCUGCUCCACCCCCGCCGGCCGCGCCACUUUUGCCCGCUCCGCCGCCGCCCUCGUUGCCGACCUCGGCUUCGACGGCCUCGACAUCGACUGGGAAUACCCGAAGAACGCUCAGGAAGGCGCUGACUUCCUCGCCCUCCUCCACACCUGCCGCGCGGAGCUCGACGCCCUGGCCGGGAAGUACGUCAACGCGGCCAACCCCGCCCUAGGACAGACGCGCGCCGCUCCCCCGCGGUUUGCGCUGAGCAUCGCCGCGCCGGCGGGCCCGCAGCACUACCAGCACCUACCCCUGCGCGAGAUCGGUGCGGUGUGCGACUUCGUGAACCUGAUGGCGUACGACUACGCGGGCAGCUGGGACGCGGUCGCCGGGCACCAGGCGGCACUAUAUCCGUCGACGUCAGCGCCGCAGACCACACCGUUCAGCACGGAGCGGGCGGUAGCGGACUACGUGGCGGCGGGGAUGCCGGCGGGGAAGCUGGUGCUGGGGCUGCCGUUGUAUGGGCGGGCCUUUGAGAAUACGGGGGGACCCGGGGAGGGGUUUCAGGGAGUGGGAGAGGGGUCGUGGGAGAGGGGGGUGUGGGAUUGGAAGGCGUUGCCGAGGCCGGGGAGUGAGGUGCGGGAGGAUAGGGAGGGAGGAUGGAGUUAUUGUUAUGAUGCGGGGAAGAGGACGAUGGUUAGUUAUGAUACGUUGGAGAUCGCGAGUCGGAAGGUGAGGUAUGUGAGAGAGAAGGGGAUGGGUGGGGUGAUGUGGUGGGAGAGUUCGGGGGAUAGGGAGACAGGGAAGGGGUCCAUGAUUGAGACGGUGGUCGGCGAUUUGGGCGGUCCGGGGAAGGGGAUGAUGGAUCGGAGCAAGAAUUGCAUCGCGUAUCCGUUCAGUUCGUAUGAGAACUUGAAGAAAGGGAUGGUGGGAGAGGACGCGAAGCCGUACCCUCGAGAGGCGCCACAAUAAUGCUGAUAUCCCCAGGUUAGAUUUCUCAUUUCUGUAGUUAUUACACGGACGAAAUUAGCGAAUCAUGAGCAUGUGAGCAUCUUAGUUACUAUCUUUAGUUAACUAACGUAAUCCACCACCGAGCUGCGAACUUCAAAUCUCACCAAAAUCGGGAUAUUCUAUAACCCGAUAUCUCAACAACAGCAUGAUAAUAAAAUCUAAAAGUCCAUAGAUAUACUU